UGCAGUGUGCGCUGCUGGACAAGCACCGCGCCGACGCUGAGUGCAACACACGGGUGCUCCUGCUGCGCCCGUCCACGACGCCUCUCCUCGCGCCCGCUGCUGCCCGCGCGCGAUUCCGAACGCGCCCCGGACAUGCCUGGCGCGCCCCUGCCCACCGCCAACAAUGUCCAUCCGCGUUCUGAUCAAGGACUAUCCGCACCGCGCCAUCGCCCUGUCCACGCCCACGCACGCCCUCGUCCUGCGCCACAGCCCGACUUCGACCGAGCACAAUGCCAGCGCAUCGACUGCAUCGCUGGGGAGCAGCGGCGCCGGCGCCGCGCGCUGCAUGGUCGAGUUUGCGCGCCUCGACGGCAUGGACCUGGGCGACUAUCGCGCUCUCAACAGCGUCAACGCGCACGGCACCCUGGGCCUCAUCACCGUCAAUGGUGAUGUGUUCCUCGUCGUGGUCAACGGCAGCCGCAAGGUCGCUGACGUGCGCCCGGGUGAGACGGUGCAGCGCAUACACAGCGUGGGCUUCUACUGCCUCAACAGCGCCAGCUACGAUGCCCUGCUCAAUGACGAGGUCAACCCCUACCCCACCGACACCAUCGACGACGAGGGCUUCGAGAUGGGCUUCGGCCGCGGCAAGUCGGAGAACCCCAUGGAGCACCCGUGCCUGGCCCUCAAGAAGCUGCUGAGCAGCGGCACCUUCUACUACAGCUCCGACUUCGACUUGACGCGGAGACUGCAGGAGCGGUCGUCGGAUGCCGCCACUGUCUCCAUCGACAGCUUGGAUGCAGGCUUCCUGUGGAACUCGUACAUGAUCCAGCCGCUCGUCGACUUCAGGUCGAGACUGGCCCCGCGGGAGAAGCAGGCCCUGGACGCUUCGGGUAUCCUCACUUCUGCCAUCCGCGGCUUUGCCCUGACCGUCACCGUGCCCUCCUCCUCGUCGCCUGUGCGAGCCCCAAAAUCUGGCCUGCCUUCGCAGAUGACGCUCAUCUCGAGACUGUCCUGCCGACGCGCUGGGACCAGGUUCAAUGCGCGAGGCAUCGACGACGACGGCAAUGUCGCCAAUUUUGUCGAGACCGAAACCAUCUUCUGCGCACCGACCGGCCUCUGUUUCUCGUACACUCAGGUCAGGGGAAGCGUGCCGUUGUUCUGGGAGCAGGCAACUGGACUGCUCCCUGGACAACAAAAGAUCACCAUCACCCGAUCACCAGAAGCUACCCAACCCGCCUUCGAUAAGCACUUUGAAAACCUUGAGCUCAGCUAUGGCGCUAUACACGUGGUCAAUCUUCUUAGUAAUGAGAAGCCGAACGAAAUCGAGUUGACCCAUAGGUACCGUCACCACAUAAGACAGAGCCCUAUGAACUAUGCCCACGAACAGAGCAAGGAGCACGAACUCAUCAAACUCACCGAAUACGAUUUCCAUGCCGAGACCAGGGGGCCUGGCGGGUAUGAGAUGGCGAGUAUGAUCCAGCAGUGGAUUCGGGAUUCUGCAGACGGUUUUGCAUAUUAUCUCUCCGAGGAUAUUGAAGAACAUGCGCGAUCAGGUGGCAAGGAAUGCGUUGUUCGAAGACCGACUACAAUUCUACAACAGGAAGGCGUCUUCAGGACCAAUUGUCUAGACUGUUUGGACCGAACAAAUCUUGUCCAAACCAUCAUCAGCAAGAUGGCCCUAGAGAUUCUUCUAAACCAUAAGAAUUCGGGAGCCGGUCAGGACUUUUGGGCCCGGCACUCGAGCAUGUGGGCAGAUAAUGGAGAUGCGUUAUCGCGCAUCUACGCCGGAACAGGAGCGUUGAAAUCUUCGUUCACUAGACAUGGGAAGAUGUCACUUGCUGGAGCCCUAGCUGACGCUAGAAAGAGUGCUACACGUAUGUACAUCAACAAUUUUGCGGAUAAAGGACGACAGAACACUAUCGACAUGUUGCUUGGCCGGUUGAUGGGCCAAGUCCCGGUACACCUGUACGAUCCCAUAAAUGACUUUGUCAUCGCCGAACUCAAUAGACGGUCGGCCGAAUUCACUGAGACGGAAGUAAUCCACAUCCUCGCCGGGACCUUCAACCUGAACGGCAAGACGCAUGGCCUCCAUGAAGACCUAACACCUUGGUUGUUCCCAGAAGUAGUAUCUUCUCAGCAAUGCCCUGAAAUCGUUGCCGUGGGAUUCCAGGAGAUCGUUGAAUUGAGUCCACAGCAAAUCAUGUCUACAGACCCAACGAGGCGGCAGGCCUGGGAAACUGCUGUGAGGAAUUGCCUGAAUGAGAAUGCGUCGAAUCACGGGCAGGAAGAAUAUGUUUUGUUAAGAGGCGGGCAACUAGUAGGCGCAAGCCUGUCCGUUUUUGUCAGGGCAGGGUCGUUAAAGAGUAUCAAGAACGUCGAAGGAAGUCUAAAAAAGACUGGUAUGUCUGGCAUGGCAGGUAACAAAGGCGCUGUGGCUAUUCGCAUGGAGUACGCAAAUACCUCAAUAUGCUUCGUGACGGCACAUCUUGCAGCCGGGUUCGCAAAUUACGAAGAGAGAAACAGAGACUACAAAACCAUCAGCCAUGGUUUGCGAUUUCAGAGGAACCGAUCGAUUGAAGAUCACGAUACCGUGAUCUGGCUCGGGGACUUUAAUUAUCGGAUAGGCUUAAGUAACGAAAAGGUGCAGAAAUUGUGCCAUGUCGGUGAUCUUGAGACACUUUAUGAGAACGACCAGCUGAACCUCCAAAUGGUCGCUGGCCUGACCUUCCCCUAUUACUCCGAGGCACGUAUUACCUUCCUUCCCACGUACAAGUACGACAUUGGGACCGACGUUUACGACACCUCCGAAAAAGCUCGCAUUCCCGCUUGGUGUGACCGAAUUCUUCGGAAAGGCGAUAAUAUACGUCAAAUCAACUAUGAUUGCGCUCCGCUUCGCUUCUCUGAUCAUCGUCCAGUGUAUGCAACAUUCCAGUGUCUAAUUAACAAAAUUGACGAGAAACGCAAAGAAAAGCUUAGCCAAGAGCUGUACGGCAAGCGGAAGGAGGUUGUGGGCGACACACGCGCAUCUACUGGGGCAGCUAUGGAAGAUACCGAUGAUGAGGAUUUGUUGGGAUAUGAAAGCGUAGAACCUGGUCUACCACCUGCGAGUUCAGAUCGACGAAAAUGGUGGCUUGAUAACGGGCUACCAGCACGCUCGAGAGUGCAGCCACCCAGCGACGACCAUUUCCCCAAUCAUAAGCGGCCUAGUAAUCCAUUUACGCCUUCACCCGAGCCUGACUGGGUCGAAGUGCGAACAACUGGUAAACCAGAGCCACCACCGGCCAGGGGUACACAACGCGCACAUACAGUAGACUUCCACGACGUCAGAACGAGUGUACCGAAUGAAGUAGCAAACCCUGCCACAAGUUUCCAACCAAGUCCUACCGCUCGAAAGCUCAUAGCUCCACCAUUCAACCUCAAUGCGCCCUCAUUCGCCAAUGCCAGCAAAAAUCCCUCGGUUGCCCAUCUCGACAGGUCUUACGAUCUCAGACGGACUCCUUCCGCCGCAUCCACCCGCUCGCUACCAGCGCUUCCCCACCGUACUGCCCAACCAACUCCAGCCUCUCAUAGUACACGACAUGUUUCUCGCAAAGCAGCACCGCCAAUACCCACCAAGAAGCCUUCACUUCACGGGACGCCUACUGUGCCACCUCAACGCUACCGUGAUGACCCCGAUUCCGGCGCUAUGUCUGACUCCAACCCGAGUCGCCCGCUACCACCACCACCUCGUCGUUCCAUGGCCGAGAGGAAACCCGUCGAGGCGGGCAACGGCGUAGGUAAUCUGGUUGAUGCCGGUGAUGAGAGGCCGGCGUUGCCGCCACGGACCGGGACUGAGCUGAGUGCACGAGGAAGGAGUCUGAUGGAUGAUGAACCCGAGGACAUGGAGAAUUUGAGAAGUUGGGAGGUGCUGAAGCCGGUGAGAUAGGACUGGAUCCUGUUUGCACCAAGCAGCCAUGUCCGGAUAGAGCUAGCUAGAUUAUAGAACUUGACCGAUUGGCGCGGCUUUUAGGUACGCAUUGCAGAUUGUUCUUCUGCUUUCUUUGCCAUGUAGCUUGAACUCUUCCACUUUUCUUGUAUGGUUUCGCAA